AGUGUUCAGUUUGAUUAAAAAUCAUAAACACGUACCACGCUGCAUCUUGGUCUCAUCCUUCAAACAGCCGUUACACCUAAAAACAGUCGAUGUAGUGUGUCAGACAUAUAAGGGAAACAGGGGAGGAGUAGGAGGAGGAGCAGUGAAACAUUUAUUCAAAAGUGAACUCCUAGCAAGCCCUAGUGAAAGACAGUAACUGAUCAUUGUAGAAGGUCCUGUAGAUAAGUUUACAUUAAGAUAUUGUACGGUGGUAAUCACAGAAUGUCAGACAACGCAGCAUUGCUGAUGGUUCUCUUCUUUUGCCUCUGUGAAAAAGUUGUGACUGACCCAGAUAACCCGUCCUGCUACAGGAUUGAGCCUGGCACCAUGGCUGGCAUCAUCAUUGCAGACGUGAUCCUGACCAUUGCCAUUGUCAUUGUCACGUACCACUGUGCCAGCCGACGCAGACGUCGAAAAGAGAGGGCUCUACCACAGAGUCAUUGGGGACAGAUUACCUUGGACAAAGCACCAGGGACCCGGAGCCUUAGACCUCUCCUCUCCUCUAGUCUCCUUAGUAGGACCAGGCUGAAAAUGGGCAAGGCCCUCUGUAUCGUGGCUCCCCUGAAAGGAUUAUUUGGUCCUGCCGAAGGAGAACAAGACUGUGGCCACUGCUAUCAGAUAGAUAUGGGGGUAGUGGUGGGAAUCAUUGCCUGUGACAUCAUCCUGACCCUCCUCAUCGCUCUCACCGUGUUCUGUUUUGCUACCAUCCGGAAGAAGAGGAGUCAACAGGAAUCCAGACUGGAGGGAAAAGGGAAAACAAUCACAGCAUCAAAAAGGAAGACAGUAGAAAUCACAGAGUCUCCCUACCAGGAGCUGCAUGGAUUUCAGUCAGACGUGUACAGUGAUCUCCAACAGUUUCAGAAAUGAGACUACUUUUUUGGACAGACUGCAUGUAUCUUGCUGCCUGGUGCUUAAAUCUGACAAGGACUGAACUUCGCACAUCUAGGAUUUAUAUUUAUACUCAUCUCCUUACUGUUAUCUUUCAACUUUUGUGUGUCUGUCUAAUUGUAAAAUUAAUAGAAUAGCAUUUGACACAUUCAAGAGAUAUUGUAUAUAUUUGACAUAAAUAGACAUAUUAAUGUUUGUUUAAUAGGCUACCUUUUAUAGUGUUGUUUUCUAUGAUUUACAUGCAAUUUUAUUUCAUUAUAUAUCUGUUUUAUUUGACUUAAUUAAGUCAUUUCUGUAUAUUAAUGGGGUUAUUUUAUUCUGUGUUUCAUAAGUACAUCAUUUGUAUAUUGCCAGAAAUAGUUCAUGGAAGCCCCAUUAAUAUUGCCCUCAGGAUGUUGGUGGCACUUUAAUUGGGGAGGACUGGCUCAUGGUAAAGGCUGAAGCCAGGUAGGUGGAAUGGUAUCAAACACAUGGUUUCUAUGAGUUUUAUGACAUUCCAUUCGUUCCUUUCCAGCCAUCAUUAUGAGCUGUCCUCCACUCAGCAGCCUCCACUGAUAUUGCCUAUUAUUAAUAUUAGUCAUAUGAUCUGAAAAACUAUUAGUCAACUGGGAUGAAAAACUUCCCAGAGAUAUUUUAAAUUGAGUUUCUGUCUGCUCCCUGUUAGUCAUAAGCUGGAGUCCCUUACUCACUAUCAACACCAGGGUUGUGGUUAAUUCAUAAUAAUGUGGGGGGGAAAGUCUCUACAUCCUCUUUGAAAAUCAUAAGAAAUUAAUAUGAAUAUUAAUAAUUGCAUAUGCUUGGAAUGUGUUAGCCUGGCUGAUGUGUGGACUUAGGAUGCGUUUCUCAAAAAAUGUCAAAUAUUUGUUUUUUUAAGAUUUAGGAGCUCAGUGCUGUUUAUUGUAUUGGUUAGGUGGUUACAUAUCAAAUACAUUGUUCAAUGUUUUUAUUCACAACUAAAUUAUGUCUCCAUACCUAAAAUAAACAUUAA